AGCAAAGGAUCUAUGGACCUAUGUACAAGAAAACACCAUGUAAGUUGGAUAAAUGCCCAGGACGCAUGCGUUUCAACGGCUCGUGCAUCUUUAGCCUGUGUUGGUGUAUUAUAUGGUUUUGAUUAUUUGGGAAAAAGGGGAAAACUGUGUGUAUGAUAUUGCUGACGGUCACAGUAUCAAUCCGAGCACUAGUCACUUCAGACCAUUCAUCUCAGUUUUCCCGGAGUCUUCCUCGUGGAAGCAUCUCAAAUACGCUCGCGUGUCCUUUGUCCUCGGUGAAAAAGCAUCUUUCGUCCUCCUACCCAUGAUAAAGUGAUUUCUUGGGUUUAUUUAGGGUGGGUAGCGAAGGAUGGAAAAUCCUUGUGACAAAUAAUUUCAUUGGAGUCAUUUUAGCUCUGUCAUAAGAUAUACACUGAGGGUGAAUAAAUGGGACUAUACCCUUCUGAAAGACAGGUGAAAAUAGGCUGUAGAGGAAGUUUAAUAUCCUGCCUAGAUGAGCAUUUUGUGACUGGGCUUGUCUUGCACAAGGAUGUGAUAUCAAUAUAAAUUUUCUUUUCCACAAGUAACAAAAAAAAUUAUUGUGAACAAUGAAACAGGAGUGAAAACCCAACCCUUAAUCUAUUUAUAAAAAAGAAAAUAAAAAAAAGAAAAAUUGUGGAUGAGAAGUGUGAUUUGAGAUGUGAGGGAAAAAGUCUUCUGCAAUUUGAAGAGGCAUCAAAUGUAACUUGAGAUAAACAAAGGAAGGAAAGAACAUCAUCUGAGCGACAAAAGUUGAAAUAAAAAAAAUAAAUAAAGAAAAAUUCGAGUGAAACAAGAGGAAAUUCAAUACGAAAUGGGACAAUAGGAAUGUGACUCAAGGACUUAUGCUGGAAAUUGGAAAGUAAUUUAUUUUUCUCAUGUGUAACACCAAACAACAUUCGUGGUGGAAAACACGGACAAAUGCAAAAGAGUGGGUCAAUUGGGUGCGAAGUUGAACGGGAGUGAAACUGGUGGAUGGAUAGAGGUAUAUCCAUCAAUUAGGAACAAUGGUGAACUCUCGUACGGAUUUAGAGACGGAGAUGGCUGAGGAAAUCCCGGAGCACUGGCUGGCAACUAUUGCUAACUAUGUGUUGGGCUUCCGGAAUGACACAUUGGACUUCACUGUGCCCAUUCUCAAGCCCGUUGCCGUACGAUUCUAUCCCAUUUUUAUCCUGCAAUAUGGUGUCCUUCUCGUGAUUGGUCUCCUCUCCAAUAUUGCCGUUAUCGCCUACAUCAUGCACUAUAAAUUGUUUCGAGAUGUCACACACUCCUUUAUCGUUAAUCUGGCUUUCUGCCACGUUGUCCAGUGCUCAGUGGUCCUACCAAUCACCCUUAUGGUGCUCCUCAUUCAGAAUUGGGUUUUUGGCCAGUUCCUCUGUUUCUUCCUGCCACUGCUUCAGGAUAUUCCUCUUCAUGUGGCAAUUAUAACACAUUUGCUAAUAGCGUGGGAUCGUAUGCGGUGGCUUAUGGACCCGCUAAAAGCUCGUUUACCAGCUUUCGUUUGCAGUUGUGCUACGUGGUUAGCUGGAAUGGUGAUUGCUCUUCCAUAUCCAAUUUAUACAACAUAUUUGGAUCUUGGGAUGUAUCUGAAACAAUUUCGAGGAGUUGGGAUUUGCGCUGUAAAUCUCGUGGACGAUAUGCAAGAAUACAUGCGAGGACUUUUUGUUAUAAUGUAUUGCGCACCUGUUACAAUUCUCUCGUAUUUGUACAUAAGGACCUCACGGGAAUUACGAGAGCCUGAUGGACCCCUCGAUGUUCUCAUGUUCGAAGCCAGAGUUGAUACACGCAAUAUACAUCAAAGGUCACUGUCUACGUCAGCAAAUGCAAGGAGUGGCAGGGGAAAUACCAGCAGCGGAAGCUCCGGAACAAGACGUUCAUCUUUCCGGACGCAUCAGCAGCGCUCGUAUGAUUUGUAUGAUGCUGAACUGGAUGUAUGUCGUGAGAAGAGGACACAGCGCUUCCUGGGAGCAAUGGCAGCCGUCCACGUUAUUUGUGUUUGCCCCCUAAUGAUAAUGAGGCUCGCUCGGAUGGCCCUCGUAGAGACCUAUGAGAAUUCCACACACUUCGAUCUCACAUAUCUCAUGUUUGUGUGGAUGGCCUUCCUGCCCACCACAAUCAUCCCCUGGCUGUAUGGUUCGUGGGUGUUGUCCAGCUCCAGUAAUCUCCAUGGAUGCUGUACCUUUUUCAGGCCGGUGAAGGAGCGUCUCCGCGGAUACUUUCGCCUCUCUUCCCGUCGCAGCAACAACAGCAUCCCGAAAACCAAUGAACCUCGUCUUUCGACAACUGAAGACUUUGUCUCACAGGAUGUCACCACUGAGAUCUCUCACAUCCAAGAGAGUAACUCCCGCCAUGGAGAUUCGUUCACGCGGAAACACUCCCGGAGGCGGGAUCAUCGUCGCAGCAGUAACAGCGAAGGCGCAUCUACGGCUUCUCGAGGAUCUAGGAGCAAUUCUGUAGGACGUCAGACGAAGAGAGACUCAAAUGCAAGCUCUGACCUCCGGGAGGUCUCACCCUUCAACGAGAGGAAGUGCACAGCACCACUGGAAGGGAAACCAGUGACUUCAUUUGCAUACAGAAAAUCAAGCUUCCUGCUUGACACCAAUUCAACCGUGUCCAAUGAUCCGUCUUUUCCUGGAUCCACUAGCACCCUCGAGCAUGACCUAGAGAUUAUAGAUUUGCUGGAACGAGAAAGGAGUAUGGAUAUUCAGGAAAUGCUUCAUAGAGAAGCACUGGAGGAGCAGAAUAGGAUCAAGUGUAUUCCUGGGCAGAGAAUCCUGCCGGAAAUUUCAUCAAAUCGAGGUUUGGUGUCUUCUCCACAGAUUCUGUCUAGUUCGAGGGGUAGCACAAGACGCGUGAGACACAAACAACUGGCGAAAGACAUCGAUCGCAGGGAUCUUCAGGCGUCCCGAGCGAGACGCACAAGGAGAACAAAUUGGCUCAAAUCCACAAACUAGAGACUAUACAAUUCAGGUGCAAUUUAUUAGACUUUAUCGUUGAGAUUAGGGGUCAGGCUGAUGAAUAGCCUCUCAGAAAUUAUAUGUGAAGUCUCCAUUGGAGAAAUUCACACUUGACACUUCAUUUGAUGGUGAAAAUCUCACAGCUCUCAUGGUAUCCAAGGUGCUGUCGAGAGUUGGCUGGGGUUCAAUUAAUUGAUAUCUCUGUUGGGUGUACUGUGGCACAGAGUCCUGUGCACUGGCAUCCGGAACGCCUCCCCCGGCGAAAGCCCUUUGAUAUUGUGGAACAAAUGGGUAGGAUUGCUGUUGAUUCAAGUAUGGUGCAAACACCUGCAGAGAGAAGCCAAUUCAUAAACUAUAACAUUAUUGGGAAUAAUUACACACUCAUAUCCUUCAAACAGUCCUCAUAUCAAAUGUAUUCAAUUUUGUUUUUGUUCGCAAAACUUUAUCCUCCCACGCGUCAUAUCAAUCCCUCUUAUAGAAAUUCUACAACACAUAAAUUGUGUCCUUUUAUCUGAAAUUGUCUGUUUUAGCAAUUAUAUUCCAUCGAGAGGACCAAUCUCUGUAAUGGUAUUAAAUUAGAGACAUGUCAUAGUUUUAAUCCAUUUUCCAAAGUAAUGGAUUUGGUUAAAUGUGAUAUUUGUAGAAAAUUUGCAAAGAUUUUCUAAUCCCUUCCAAUUUAACCCAAGAAACUUCUAAAUCUCUCUAAAACGUGUCACCUUUCCACAACAUGACAAAUUCUAAAGUAACCAUUUUUAGGUGGGACUCUGUAAGAGUGUCCAAAAUAUUUAUGGAUUAAUCUUUCAAGAGGGUUCAAUGCUUUAAGAAGUUUACAGACUUUUCUUUCAGCGAGCUUUAAAGCAUUUUUUUCUCUUUUGGGUGUAUCGCUAACAGAUGGUCAUUAAAACCAUAUCAUCCAUAUUAAUGUAUUUGGGAUAUUGUUACAUAAAGUAAAGUUCUUAUAGAAGAAAACAUUGUAACCUGUAGAUAUGCCUAAAGUCCAUCGGCGAAUUUUAAGCAAAAAAGUUUAACCCAUUAGGACCAGAUGCCUCUACUCCAUAGAAACAUGAAACCAAUGAAUUUGUGUUUUAUUUCAUCCCAGUUUUUUUUUAGUAAUUUCAAUGAUUUACGAGAAGGGUUUGUUUUAUUUGAAUUUGCUUUUGCGCCGGUAAUGUAGGAAAAAUUAUUUUUGGACUUUUUUGGUAGAUUCUCUUAUAAGUAAGAAGACAGCCUUAUCAACUUUAAAAGGUUAUAUCUCGAAAGUAAAAAUUGAUUUCUAUGUAGGUUCAUUUUUUGCUCUUAAAAAUAAUUUUGAUUAGCCGUAUUUCGUUUCUAUACGUAACUUUUUAGCCGAAUAUCUCUCAAAAGAGUUCCUCAAUAUUCGGUUAAAAUUCCUGAAGCCAAAAUUCCGAACAUCUAAAUCCUGGAAAACCAAAAUUCCAAAGAGACAAAAUCCCGAAUCGGUUGAAAUCCCGUAUGGGUCAAAAUGCAAAA